AUGGUGCUCAAUGAGAUCGUCAGCAGGAUGAUGUCGCAGGAUGCUGUUCCUCUGACGCCGCGAGAGGCGGCGUCUGGCCUGUUGGGCUCCGUGUCGAUGACCUGUUGGAUCUUUUUGCUGGUCCCACAAUUGAUAGAAAACUACCGCAACGGCAACGCGGAAGCAAUCUCUCUGCUGUUCGUCGCUGUCUGGUUCGUUGGCGACAUUGCGAAUCUCCUCGGUGGCGUGCUGGCAGGCCUGGUCCCCGUUAUCGUUGCAAUCGCGGUAUACUUCUGUAUUGCCGACGGUGUCCUCAUCUCACAAUGUGUGUACUAUAAGCUGCGCAAUGCGCGUCGCGACAGCCUACUCCGACGACGGCGCUCGUCUACCGAGACCGCAGACCCGACGACUCCACUUCUCGGUCGGCGCUUCAGCGAUGCCGUAUCCCCGCAUACCCGUCGCAGGUCCUCGGCCUCGCAGCGUGGUCAUCAGGGAAAUGGUCGUCGUGAGAGCCAACCUGAAGAUCCAUUGGCUAAGAUCGUCGAGGAAAACGAAUUCGGACGCAAAGCAUGGGCCAAGAACGUGAUCAGUGUACUGGGUAUCUUUGUGGUGGGCAUGGUCGGCUGGACAAUUGCCUGGCGGACGGGAAUGUGGGCGCCAGCUCCCAUGGAAAACGCCAAACCCGUCGAUAUGGCCACCAGUGGUGCUGUGCUGGGAUACUUCAGCGCAGUCUGCUAUCUAGGAGCGAGAUUGCCCCAGAUCUAUAAGAAUUAUCGGGACCAGUCAUGCGAAGGUCUCUCACUUCUCUUCUUCAUUCUGUCACUCCUUGGUAAUCUCACUUAUGGCGCCGGGAUUCUCUGCCAUUCGACCAAUCGCGAAUAUGUGGUCACCAAUCUGCCCUGGCUGAUUGGCUCAUUGGGCACUAUGGCCGAGGACGUCGCCAUUUUCAUCCAAUUCCGUAUGUACGCGGCCCAAGACACCGAAGCGAUGAUCACCUCAUGA